AUGAGGCCACAGAGAAGCAGAGGUCAGAGCGCAGAGGACUUCCUGGGCCUCUGUAAGAGCUUGGCUUUGGCUCUAAGUGAAAUGGGAAUUGUUGCAGGACUUCAGCGCAGCAGAGACAUGAUCCAAUAUAUUUUAAGAGGAUCUUUGGCUACAGUGUUGAGAAUAAACUCCUCUACUAGCCCCCUUUCACAUAUUGAUGUUACUGCUGUGAAUCCUUCAAAAACCAUUAAGCCUUUUGAAAGUGUCCCAGAGGCCAGUGGGAGUUUAGAGGCAUGGAGGAACGAUCAGUGUUGUUUGCCAAGAAGCAAUAGAGUCAGGCACACCCUCACUCCAGCCCACUGCCUGUGUAUCAGUGGGAAAGGCACAAAGUCAAACCGGCUGCAUCCCUUCACGUGGACAUCUCUCGAAACACACACGAUUCUUUUAUAUGAAUGCCAAGCCUGUGAAUAUCCAGAUCCUAGCAAAUCCUUCAAACUUACACCCCACAGUCAAGCAGCCACCUUUACCUUGUCCACCUGGAGUCUGCCAGCAGGGCCUGGGAUUACAUCUUCUCCUCCCUCCCCCGGCCUCCCCAGUCCUCCUGUCUAUAGCCUGGAUCUGACACCGGGGUUCCACGGGCCAGGUAACCAAGGUUUCCAGGAAGCAGACUUGGAGGAGGACCAUGUAGGAAGUUCGGUGAGGAGCGCUGUCAGCAUGAGCCAUUGUUGGAGUUGA